GAAGCUGAAGGUCUUGCGCCUCCGCAACAUUGAGGUGGGUGAGGCAGAGGCCGAGGAGUUCUGCAAGGCGCUUGGGCUGAACGACACAAUCACAAAGCUGGAGAUCCAAGCACUGGCAGAAGCACUGAAGUCCAACUGUUCGGUCACCCACGUCAACCUCGGUAACAACAUGAUCGGGGACGAGGGUGCCAAGGCGCUCGCAGAAACCUUGAAGUCCAACUGUACGGUCACCCACAUCAACCUCUUUUGCAACAAGAUCGGACCCGAGGGUGCCAAGGCACUCGCAGAUGCCUUGAAGCGCAACUGUAUGGUCACCCACGUCGACCUCGCUUUCAACAGCAUCGGGGACGGGGGCGCCAAGGCACUCGCAGAUGCCCUGAAGUCCAAUCGCACCGUCACCCACGUCAACCUCCGUUUCAACAUGAUCCGGGACGAGGGCGCCAAGGCGCUCGCAGAGGCCGUGGAGGCCAAUGGCACCGUCACCGUCAGGCUGGGCCACCGCCAGAUUGGAGGCAAGGGUGCCGAGGCUUGGACGGGGAAAGUGCGCAUCAAGGGCCUCGCGGCUCAGCUGGCGACCAACAGCGGCACCACCCGUCUAGAACUCGACAUCACGGCGGAGGACUGCCAGGCACUCGCAGAUGCCUUGAAGUCCAACUGUGCGGUCACACACGUCAACGUCGGUUGCAGCAGGAUCGGGGACGAGGGCGUCAAGGCACUCGCGGAUGCCUUGAAGUCCAACUGUACGGUCACCGACAUCAGCCUCGGUUUCAACAAGAUCGGGGACGAGGGUGCCAAGGCACUGGCAGAUGCCUUGAAGUCCAACUGUACGGUCACCGACAUCGACCUCCUUUGGAACAUGAUCGGAGACGAUGGUGCCAAGGCACUCGCAGAUGCCUUGAAGUCCAACUGUACGGUCGCCCACGUCAACCUCAGAAGAAACAUGAUCGGGGACGAGGGUGUCAAGGCCAGGCGGUGCCCACGGGGUGUUUGCAGCUUGCAAUUUCGACCCCGCGUUUCUUCUGAGAGGCCCUCGCAGAUGAUGUUCGGAAGUUCAACCAUGUUGUCGUCGUGA